ACACAACUCCGUUCAAACGGCGGAAGUAGUCGAAGAAGAAACGUUUAAAAUGCGAGGGAAUUCAAACGGCAGACGCUUAACGUCCGAGGUGUCUCCCGCCCCUGAGCCUGUUUAAAGACUAUUCGCGCGAUAGCAUGGCGGAGUGUGGUGACAUGGCGGAGCGCUACGAGUUCGAUGCACCGUCUCACGUAGUCGACUUCCAAGAGUUGCAGACUAACGAAAAUGACGACACCUGGUUCGAUAAGCUCAGCAGUGGACAUGCCAACAAUAUGUCUUCAGCACCUAACCAUGGAGAGGAAAGCAGCAAACCCAGAGCCAUUGUAACGCCUUUGCAAAACAAAAGGAUUGAUGUUCCCAGCGAAACAGCUGCUGAAGUCAGACCCAAGACUAAGGCGCCGACACAAUCACUUAGGGUAUCAAAGCGUAAGGCACCGGAAAGUCCUCAACGGUCUCCUGUGAAAAGACACAAGAAGACUCCUGUUCCCCUGCCAGAAAGAAAACCAACGACUGAGCUUCGACGAAGUGUCAGGCAAAAGGUCAAGACUGAGACAGACAGUUCAGCAUCAAAGUCUGGUCUGGAGCGCGCUCAGAGACGGCAGAGGGAUGCGGCGAUGAAUCGUGGAAAAAGUACAGCCCCUACUGUUCCCAGUAAGAAACCUUUGCAGAAGGAGGCCUAUGUGCCCAUGGCUCAGCGAAUACUGCAGUUCCAGACACGAACCCCUGAGCGUUUCAGAUUGCGCGGCCGACAGAACGGUUCUGGAGUGCCAGGCCAGCCAAAGGGUAGCAACCUCAAGCUCACCCAUCCUCAUUCUCCAAAUCUGAAAACCAGCAAGAGGAGCCGACCAACCACAACAAAGAGCUCAGCAGAGCUAGAGGCCGAACAGAUGGAGGAACUGCAAAAGCAUCAGUUUAAAGCCCACGAACUGCCCAAGAAGAUACUUACUGGUGUUGUGGGGGUUCCUGAUAAAAAGGCAGUGGAGUUGACGGUUCCAGAGUCGCCAGCUUUCAUUCUCAGCAAGAGAGUGCGUGUGGAGCCCAAAGUCAAAGAAGUGAAGCCUCCCUCACCAUUCAAGGCACCACCAGUUCCUCACUUUGGGACUCCCUUCCUUCCGGUGCUGCCAGAUGCCCACAAUAUCGAGGUCUGCCCCUUCUCCUUUGAACAAAGGGAGCUGGAGAAGAAGAAGCUGAAGGAGAAGGCAGAGAAGCUCAUUGAGGUACCAAAGUUUAAAGCCCAGCCACUUCCGGACUUCGACACCAUUGUCCUGCCUGAGAAGAAGAAACUUGAGCCAACAAAACCAGAGCCCUUUAAAUUGCUGGUGGAUGAGCGAGGGGCAGUGAAAAGCCGUCACUUGGAAGUGAUGGUGAAGGAGGAGCUGAAAAAGAUGAAGGAUGCCACCUCAUUUAAAGCCAAACCAAAUGUCUCCCACAAAGAACCCUUCCAGCCCAAGAAGGAGAACCGGGCCCCAGUUGCCACAGAUGUUUUUGAGCUGGCAACUGAGCGACGGGCCCGGGAGCGCCAGCAGUUUGAGGAAAUUGCUUCACAGAAGGAAUCGCUCAGGGCACAGAUGGAGGAGGAGCAGAGGAGGAGGAGGGAGGAAGAGGAAAAGGAAGAAAUUGCACGACUGCGCCAAGAACAGGUUCACAAGGCCUGUCCUGUACGACACUAUAAAGCUGUGGAGGUGAAGAAGAGCGAGGCUCCCCUCACUAUUCCGAAGUCGCCCAAUUUUUCAAACCGUUUCCGUUAAUUAUUUCCGUUUGUUUUUAAAUCCUUGUUUUACUGUUCUUUUAUCUUUAUUGUCUUACAAUAAAAUGUUUCAUUAGUAUGUUUUAACCCUACGAUUGUCUAGCCAUUUUUUUCUCGAGUUUUCAUUCCUGCAUGUGCCUAAGUUGGUUUAUGACAGAUUGUACUGUAACGUUCCAUGAUCGUCUUACGCAGUCACUCAAGUAGUUCACUGCACAACUCCGUUAAAUGAGUCACACACUGGCCUUCUGUUCACAAUGGAUUGCCUCAUUGAUCUCGGGGUGUUUUCUUUCACUCGCCCAAGUGCAUUUGUGCCUGUUUGGGGAUUUCCAUUGUAGCGAGCCCAAUGCAACAGAUACCGUGGUUCUUUUGGGAGGGAUUGUCUUCCAGACUUGCUGUCUGGAGCAGAGUAACAGAGUUGGUCAAUUGUUAUUGUACUUGUGAUGAGCUGUAUUCUAACCAGAUGACCUUGAAUGUGAGGUCAUGACAAAUGAGAACCUGCCAAUAAGUGACUCUAUGGCCCUCUGCAAAACGAGGCUGUACUAAGUCAUGGACUAAAUUAGUUUUUUCUGUCAUGGCAGUGACCAAUAAACAGCCAUUUAAGGCUACUAAGAUUUAAGAAAAAUGAA